CUGUAAACUUCCUUUUCCGGUAUAUCCUCCAUGAACACGGCCGUAUUGUAAAUAUAGGCCGAAAAAUCUGUCUUGAUCAAGACAUAGAAAACGCUAUAAAGUUAAAAUGGCAGAGCAGAUGACUCUGAGAGGGACCCUUCAGGGCCACGGAGGAUGGGUAACUCAAAUUGCCACGACUCCUCAAUAUCCAGACAUGGUUUUGUCGGCAUCUAGAGACAAAACACUUAUCAUGUGGAAGCUUACAAGAGAUGAUGCCAAUUAUGGGCUCCCACUUCGUUGCUUGAAAGGACACGGUCACUUUGUUUCUGAUGUUGUCAUGUCAUCAGAUGGUCAAUUUGCCUUGUCUGGAUCAUGGGAUAAAACCUUGAGAUUGUGGGACUUGAGUGCAGGAACUACCACCCGUUUGUUCUGUGAUCAUGAGAAAGAUGUAAUGAGUGUUGCCUUCUCAGCUGAUAACAGACAGAUUGUGUCAGGAUCCAGGGAUAAAUCCAUCAAACUGUGGAACACACUCGGAGUCUGUAAAUACACAAUUCAGGACGAGGGUCACACAGACUGGGCAUCAUGUGUCAGAUUUUCACCAAACACUGCCAAUCCAAUCAUUGUGUCAUGUGGAUGGGAUAAAAUGGUGAAGGUGUGGAACUUGACCAACUGUAAACUAAAGACAAACCACAUUGGACACACUGGUUACCUGAACUGUGUCACAGUGUCUCCUGAUGGAUCACUCUGUGCUUCUGGUGGCAAGGAUGGCCAGGCAAUGUUAUGGGAUCUAAAUGAAGGCAAGCACCUGUACACAUUGGAUGGAGGAGACGUUCUCAACUCUCUGUGCUUCAGCCCCAACAGAUACUGGCUCUGUGCUGCUACUGGGCCCAGCAUCAAAAUCUGGGAUUUGGAAGGAAAGAUAGUGGUGGAUGAACUGAGACAGGAGGUACUCUCCACCAACUCUAAGGCCCAGGCUCCCCAGUGUAUAUCCCUGGCCUGGUCCGCUGAUGGACAGACUCUGUUUGCUGGUUACACCGACAACCUAAUCCGUGUCUGGCAAGUUUCCAUGGCAGCCAGAUAAACUGCCAAAUCUAGUGCUAUAACUGAGGACAUUUUAAAGUGGAGUUGUGGCUCUGAAAAAAUGUGAAUAAAAUCUCAGAGUUUAAA